CCCCCUCCCCCCUCUCCCCUCUCCCCCUCUCUCCCCUCUCCCCCUCUCCCCUCUCCCCCUCUCCCCUCUCUCCCCUCUCCCCCUCUCCCUCCCUCUCCCCCAUGUCUCCCUCCCCUACCCCCAUCUCUCCCCCCUCCCCCCUCCCCCCUCCCCCCUCCCCCUCUCUCCCCCUCUCUCCCCCCUCUCCCCCCUCUCUCCCCCUCUCUCCCCCCUCCCCCCUCUCUCCCCCCUCCCCCUCCUCCCUCCCCUACCCCCCUCUCUCCCCCCCCCCCCUCUCCCCUCUCUCCCCCCCCCCCCCCCUCCCCCCCUCCCCCCUCUCCCCCCCUCUCCCCCUCUCUCCCCCCUCCCCCCCUCUCCCCCUCCCCCUCUCCCCCCCUCUCCCCCUCUCCCCCCUCUCCCCCUCUCCCCUCUCCCCCCCCUCCCCCUCCCCCUCCCCCUCCCCCUCCCCCUCCCCCCUCUCUCCCCCUCUCUCCCUCUCCCCCCUCUCCCCCUUCUCCCCCUCCCCCCCCUCCCCCCUCUCCCCCCUCCCCCCUCCCCCUCUCUCCCCCUCCCCCCUCCCCUCCCCCCUCGCUCCCCCCUCCCCCCUCGCUCCCCCCUCCCCCCUCCCCUCCCCCCUCCCCUCCCCCUCGCUCCCCCCUCCCCCCUCCCCCCUCACUCCCCCUCUCCCCCUCUCUCCCUCCUCCUCCCCCUCCCCCUCCCUCCCCUCCCCCUCUCCCCCUCCCACCCCCACCUCUCUCCCCUCCCCCUCCCCCUCCCCCUCUCCCCCUCCCACCCCCACCUCUCUCCCCUCCCCCUCCCCCUCUCCCUCUCCCUCCUGCUCUCUCCCCUCCUCCUCUCUCCCCUCCC